ACCAUCAGACCAGUCUGCUACUCCGCUACUGCUAGUGCUAGGUAUUGUAAUGGUGGAAUUGUUCUAGUGUUGUUUGUUGUGUCGUAGUUUUGUGUGUGCAUCGGUCUAUAAAAUUGUUUUCUUCCGUUCAUAAGUGCAGUAUAACAAUGAUGAACGUAUAUUUUUUAUCAGUGAUUUGCAUCAGAUAUAGGAAUAUUUAAUCCGUUGUUCUUCUCUUAUUCAGGUAUCUGGCAAGAAGGGGGCCCCGCCCCCGCAGUCUUCAGGGUGUACAGCCCUGUUGAUUCCACCCUCUCGACAUGGAAGGAGAUGAUGCCAGUGGAAAGCGCCAGGCUACUAGAGUAUUCAAGAAGAGUUCACCAAAUGGAAAGAUAACUGUGUAUCUAGGAAAGAGGGACUUUGUGGACCACAUAACACAUGUCGACCCUAUCGAUGGAGUAGUGUUGAUAGACCCUGAAUAUGUGAAAGAAAGGAAAGUGUUUGGACAUGUGCUCGCUGCGUUUCGUUAUGGACGAGAAGAUUUGGAUGUACUGGGUCUUACGUUUAGAAAAGACCUGUACCUUGCCGCGGAACAGAUCUUUCCUCAGGAAAGUAACACAUCGAAAAGGCCUCUUACCAGGUUACAGGAACGUUUAAUGAAGAAGUUGGGCCCCAAUGCCUACCCUUUCUACUUUGAGUUGCCUCCCCAUUGCCCUGCGUCAGUUACCCUUCAGCCCGCCCCUGGGGACACGGGGAAGCCCUGCGGAGUCGACUAUGAACUUAAGGCCUUUGUGGGAGAAACUCAAGAUGACAAACCACACAAAAGAAACUCGGUGAGACUAGCAAUACGGAAGAUAAUGUACGCUCCAAGCAAGCAAGGUGAGCAGCCAUCUGUGGAAGUGAGCAAGGAGUUCAUGAUGAGUCCAAAUAAAUUACAUCUAGAAGCUUCAUUAGAUAAAGAAUUGUACCACCACGGAGAAAGCAUUGCUGUCAACGUUCACAUAGCAAAUAACUCCAAUAGGACUGUGAAAAAAAUUAAAGUAUCAGUUCGGCAAUUCGCUGACAUCUGCUUGUUUUCAACCGCACAGUAUAAAUGUACAGUAGCAGAAGCUGAAAGCGAAGCAGGGUGCCCAGUAGGACCUGGUUUCACUUUGUCUAAGGUUUACACAGUACGGCCUACGCUGGUGGCCAAUAAGGACAAGCGUGGCCUGGCGCUGGACGGUCAACUCAAGCACGAGGACACCAACUUGGCGUCGUCAACGAUAGAGGGUUGCCCUAUUGGUCCCGGGUUCACUUUGUCUAAGGUAUUCACACUAACUCCUCUUCUGGCCAAUAACAAAGACAAGUGGGGUCUGGCGCUAGAUGGUCAACUGAAACACGAAGACACCAACUUGGCGUCUAGCACGCUAGUUGCAGAUCCGUCACAAAAGGAGAAUCUUGGCAUCAUUGUGCAAUAUAAAGUGAAAGUGAAACUCUGUUUGGGGCCUCUUGGAGGGGACUUGGUUGCUGAAUUACCAUUCAUCUUGAUGCAUCCAAAGCCUGAAGAUGAUGCUUCCCUUCCACCUACUGGGAGAGCAUCGCCUUCUAAAGCCUCAGGAGAAAAUGUGCCAGUCGACACAAACCUCAUCCAGUUGGAUACGGAUCCUGGUGUCGGUGAAGGAGAUGACGAUAUAAUAUUCGAAGACUUUGCUCGCCUGCGCCUGAAAGCCGGUGAGAGCGACGCCUGAGAACAUGCUGGGGCGGCCGGUGCCGCCAAGAGUCUCAGUGUCCUACGCACUCAUAUAUAUGUGACAUGCGAGUAGAAGCUUCUAUCUUUGUUAUGGGAAUGUAUAGACUAAAAAGAGACUUUGAAUUGGCAGUAAUUUUAUAAUAAAGUAUUAGUAAAUAAACUAUUUAAUGUACAAUUCGUAGCUUACUUUACAUUAUGAUUGUAUGUUUUGGAAAUGCAAGUAUAAGUUACAUUCAGGGUAAAGCGUAUACUAGAUGACAGUAAUUCCAUUUUUUGAAUAUUUAUGUUUGUUGAGUCAAAUAUUAUAGUGUAAUUUACUUUUGAAUAUGUGUUAUUGUACUAUUAAUAUGGAAAAUAUUUAUAUUCGUACAGAGGAAAAGUUAAUUGAACCGUAUAUCUUCCACAGUCUGAGUAGAGGUGCUUGUGAUUAUAGAUUUUGUACCGAUAUUAACCUCCUCUUCCAUUGUCGUUAUGUUUAGUUUUCCAUAGCACGUUACACUUUGUAUGUUCAUUUUAUUGAGUACCAGUGAGUGCUUUGCUGCAUUAUCAGACAAAUAGUUCCUCAUUUUGAAGAGAGGUUUCGUUAUAAAGAAACUGAUCUUUGAGAAUAUUUUAAGAAUGUCUUAGUUGUUUAUCAGUUUUCGUACAAACCAAACCUUAACACUAAAUUUUGUUGGUACAACCUGGAAAAGGCAGGCAGUCAACCUUCAACAGGUAACAUCAUCUCAGUAUAGUAGUCAGAUUAUAUAAAUAGCUAUUAACCAUGAGAGAGGUGAACUGGAAGUCGUUUCUGUUACGAAUAGAACAAUUCUUAUAGCUAAGUAUGAAUCGACGUAGACUAUUAACAAAUAUUAAAUAUUUGGUUGCUGUUUUACCAUUCAGCCCGUGUUGCUGCAACAACAACUGUUGUUAAAAUCACUGUUUUAAAAUGUUUAUCAACACAUAAAGUUUAUUACAAAGUUACAACAAUCACAAUUGAAUUUCACUUCGGAAUCAAACCUGUGGAGUGUGUUGCAUUAGAAGAAUGUAAACUUUUGUAAACCAGCCAGCCGCCUUUCCAGUUAACUUGUCUACUGAGCACCACGUGAGAACGUAUGCUUGAUAUUUAUCCAAGUGUAUAUAGAUGUGUGUAAAUCUAAAUAUUACAUUAUACUAAUAAUAAUUUUUGUAAGACUUUGUACACAGAUUUUGUAAAUUUAUUCAAUCUUGUUGAUAAACUUAAUUGGAUUUUGUUUUAUUUUGUUUAUUUCCAUUCUUGCAUUAACGAUCCAAGUUUUCAUUGAAGCUGCUAUCUCAGGCAAUGGCACCAGUUUAUGCAAAUGUUGUGUGUGAUUCUUUUGUCCUUAUGUCUCCAUUUGGGAAAUUAUGGAGAAUUGAUUGCCUCAAUGUCAUUAUUACGAGGUUGACACUCGUGUUGAGAAUUUUACCACAUAAAACAUCUGAUAGUAUUAAAAAAUGUAACAUAUUAUGUUAAUAUGACAUAGUAUCCAGAAAAUGAGCACAGAAAAAGAUGCAACAUGAAAUUUAAAACACCUAAAAGUAUGACGUGACACUACAUAUAAAAGGUAUUGUGCUUUUCAAAGGCACGUCACAUUUGAAGGACACAAGGCAUUUUGAAAAAUAAUUGGCCUGAGACUCGUACCGCAACUGUCUCAACUGUUUAUGAAAUGGUAACAGAUUUCAAAGAGGGGAUUUAAAAAUCACUUUUUCAUCGGGUUACCUAUUGCAAAUAACAAUAAUUAGUAAAUAUAACCUAAUUUAGAACGAUUAACAAAUCAAUAAUUACACGUUUUACUUUGUGAGGCCUGUCGGCAGCUCACAUAAAGUGAAUUAAGAUUACAUCAUAGAUGUAGGUGCUAUAACGGGUAAUUAAUUACAACAUUCACCCAAAAUGCAGUAGCAAAGUAGAUUGUAAAAGAUAAGUGUGAACACUUAAAAAAGUUCUAUUUACUUCUUUACCUUACAUUCCUGUAUGUAAUUAUUUUCUAUGGCCGUCUAUUGCAUUUUAACAGUAUAAUCUUCCCAUUGUCUCAUCUUUUUUCUGCAGUCAUAUUUUUUUGUUUUACAUCAAAAAGACUGUGCCAUUAUCAUGGCAGUUGUUGCACAAAUAUAAGAAACGCGUAUUAGCUUCAAGAAAGCUCCAGUAGAUCUUUUCGAAAUACUGAGAUAGCAGCAGAUAGGCUAGACUUGCCUAUCUUUAACUUUUCUAACACUGCUCAAUAUAUACAUUUACCAUUUUCUAGUUGUUCAUGCCAAAGGAUUUAUAAUUUCCAAUGUCGUCCAAACUGUAUCAUUCCACUGUUUCUAUACAUAAAUAGUUUCGUACAUAUUCUACGUGGCUAUUAUCUUUUGACUUUGCUUUUUUGACACUGUGUUUGAAAGUUUUUAAACAAUUAUAUGUAUUGAAUGUUGUUAUUGUUAUGCUUGUCGCUAAACUCUUCCUUCUUUUAUACUGUCAAAACACAAAAAAAGCUUGAUUUAUGUGCUGUAUGUAUUAUUUAUAACGAUGUACUAAUAAAAUAUUUAUUAUUGUUUCACCCCUUAAGUAACAGUAAGGCACAAAUAAUUGUAUUUAUUCUCAGGUUAAGUAUGUCUGUUUCUAAGAAAGAAGGAAGCUUGUCAUCUAACAGAAUUGACAGUACAAAUUAGCAUAGACCUGGUAACCAAGAACAAGAGGAAACAGAGCACUGGUUGUUACGUUUUUGUGCAAUCAGGGAGGUACUUACACAACUACAUAAAUUAAUGUCAUUAUUGUGUAUUGUCUUCAUUGUUGUUGGCAGUAUGUCCAAUAAAUUAAACUGGCCACCUUCUAA